AUGCACAUUACACUGCACUGUAUAUCUAUACAUACAACACACUGUACCAACAGUAGUAUCAAAGCAAUUAUUGAUUCACUGCUUCUCCUCGCCAUUUCAGCGACACACUUCAUCGAUACCAUUUUUCUUUUUCACGAAGACCGGAUGAAAUGGAAUAACAUAAAAUUUCCGGACAGAGAAAUGAUGGUUGUUGACAGGAAAAAAACAUGGAACUUGCAAGGUGAAAAAGAGAAAGAGGAAGAGAAAAGAAAGACAAAAGUAGAAUUGGAAAAUAACACAGUGAUAAGAAACAAUAAAGAAUGCAAUAAUACGAAAUACGAAUGGAAAGAGGAAGAUAUGAAGAGAAUAAGACGAAAAUCAGAAAAUGAAGGUAAGGAAGAAGGAUACGGUAAAGAUUCUCGGUUUCAUUUUCCGCAAUUUUAA